AUGUCGCAGGCCGCGGGCAACUCGCUCAGCCGUACAGAGCGCAAGGCGGCGCAGCCAAAGCACACGGGCCUCACACGCGACGAGCGCGCGACGACGGAGCACGUGCUGGACCCGCGGACGCGGCUGCUACUCUUCAAGAUGCUCAACUCGGGCGUGUUGCAGUCAAUCAACGGCUGCGUCUCGACCGGCAAGGAGGCGAACGUGUACCACGCCUUCGCGCGCGAGCCGGCCGAGGUUGCAGUCAAGGUGUACAAGACGUCGGUACUCACCUUCAAGGACAGGGACCGGUACGUGGCGGGCGAGUUCCGUUGGCGCCACGGCUACUGCCGCUCCAACCCGCGAAAGAUGGUCCGCAUGUGGGCCGAGAAGGAGAUGCGCAACUACCGGCGCCGCUCGCUCAGGCGGAGCCGCGCGCUCGGCCGGAGCGCAAGCCCGAGCCUGCUCGGAGCCGCGGGCGUGCCGUGCCCGGCGCCGCUCGCCCUGCGCGAGCACGUGCUGCUCAUGAGCUUUGUCGGCUGCGACGGCUACGCGGCUCCGCGCCUCAAAGACGCGAGCCUGAGUGCAGACGAGGCGGCGAGCGCGAGCCGGCAGGCGACGCUGCUGCUGCGCGCGGCCUCUCGAGUGAUGCUGCUGCUGCGCCACAUCUUCCACGGCUGCCGGCUGGUGCACGCCGACUUUUCCGAGUACAACCUGCUCUGGUACAACGGGAGGGUGGUCGUGAUCGACGUGUCGCAGGCGGCGGAACUCGACCGCCGAAGGAUGAAGAGGACCAGCCACGACCACCCGAACGCCCUCGUCUUUUUGCGCAAGGACUGCGAGAAUGCGAUCCUCUUCUUCCGGCGGCAGGGCGUGCGGCCGCUGCCGACGCUGCAGCAGCUCUUCGGCUUCGUGACCGACCCGGUGAUC